AUGGCUUCUAAGAAAUCUGCAUUUAUGGUUUUCUUAAAUUGUCAUAGAACUGAUGAAAUUAAUAAAGGAAAUAAAGCUCCUACUUUUAAAGAAUUAUGUACUAAAUUAACACCCAUAUGGAAUACAUUGACUAAUGAUGAAAAAGAAAAGUACAAAGAUCUUGCAAAUAAAUAUAAUUCUACUCAAGUAAAGAAACAGCCGUUAAAACAAAUUAGUGAUCUGCAGAAUAAUAGCUAUGAUUUUUGGAACAUGCAGAAAUAUUUAACCCAGAUGUUUGAAUGUAUACCUAACAAUGAGGAAUUAUUGAAGAAAAAGUUUAUUUUGUUGCACAUUAAUUGUCAUACUGAAGAAGUAGAACAGUAUUAUUUUCCUGCUGAAAUUGCAGCACUAGAAUUUAGUCUAUUAGAUGGUAUAUCUCGCACAUAUCAUCAGGUUAUUGGUAUUUCUGAAAUUUACCCAAGAGGUUUUGCUGGAGGUAUGAAACAAUUUUCCGACGUUUUUCAUCAUAUUUUGUGUUAUGAUAAACACCGGGAUGAUUAUCAACAAAUAUUGUUGGAAUUUUCAACAUUUUUAAAGGAUGGAAUAAUCAAUGAUGCAGAUUUAAAAGAGGGCACAUUGGACUUACCAUGUUUAUUCACUAUAGAGUCAGAAAUUGGUACGAAUAUGAUUAACACUCAAAAAAGCUUGGAAAGACUAUACUCCACAGCUUACCCAAGAGUUGAUGAUGAAGGUUGUAAGUCAAUAUUCAAAAUAGGAAGUGUUCAGAAUUUAUUUUUGGAAAUAAAAAAAAAAUUAAAUCUUCACUUGAAUCCACAAAAUUUAAGAUCAGGAAACUCAGUUUGUGACAUUUUAGAAUCUGAUAUGUAUGGAUUUGGUCUGGGUUGUAAGUACCACGAGUUGAGGGAUAUUUCAUACAAGUGUUCCAAAGCUCGUACUGUUCAAUGGAUGUCAAAUAUCUGUAAACAUAUAAGUGAAAAUACUACUUUAAGAAUUAAACCUGGUAGUCACGUACCAGUUGAAUUAAGAAAUGGUGCAAAAUUGAUAAUUGAAAAUGCACAUUUGCCACUAUCCAGAGAAGAUCUAAAUAUCUAA